AUGGAUUCGUCUCCAUCGAAGCGACGAAGAACAUCGCCCUCAACCUCUAUCGCAGUGACUGUGGAGAACACAGAUCUUGGACCAUUGCCUCGGAAUGGCGCCAGCCCAAGCAGGAGACGAUCAUCCUUCAUGUCGCCGACAAAAGCAAGCCUCGCGCGCUUCCAUCCAAAUAUUCUGCCUCGGGCUAAAUCGGUCGAGCCGCUUAGGCCUGUCAGCAAGGAAAUACAUGACACUUUCGAGCAAGAUCCCGUCGUGGGAGGUGGAACGAAACAAGUAGUAGGGCAUGUUGCAGGCACAGCUUCGAAAGAGUCGCAAUCGGGGAUGAAAUGGCAUGGAGAAGAGACAUGGACUUCUAGUGACACCGGCGCAAAGGUCACCAAGUCCCGGAGAGGGCAACGUUUCGGCAAAGCAGGGCCAGUCUGUAGUGGACCCAAACCCUCGGGCCUCACCACCCGAGGAAGCAAGAGUCGAAGGAACGGCGGCUAA